AUGGACAGACCGGGUGCUGAGGUCGAUGCCAAGCUGACCCUGGCACGGCCCCCGGAGCUGUGCCCAGACCCCUACAAGGAGGAGGUCAUGAAAAUCGAAGAGCACGUUCGUCUGGUCCUUGCCAGGCAUCAGGUCCCGUGGCUUGUCCUCUUUGUCAUGGGGAAGCAGGGCUUUGUCACGGCCCAGGACUGGGCAGGCCGUUGGGAUGAAAAGGAACUCCGGAAGGAGGCUCCCAAGUUGGGCUUUUCACCAGGCCAGAAUGGUUACGAUGAGCACACGUGCGUCCUCACAGCUAUCCGCCUGGAGAACGCGGUCGAGCAAUUCAAGCUCCUCAAGAAAAGGAAGCUGGCCGAGGUGGAUAUCCACUCGGUCGAAGACUACAAAGCGAUGAUUGGCAGAGGUGACCGCCAAGAAAUGAGGGCAGCUUACCUCUCCAAGUUCGGCACGGAACCGGAGCGGGAAUACGAAGGAUCUGACCAUAUGCUUGGUGUCAUGAAGAGGGUCUUGUACCGGGGAGAGUUCCUCUCAGGCUCCCAGCUGGAUCUCAAUAAGGUCGUUGCAAACCACCCCAAGGAUGGUGAAUUGAAGUUCCAGAAGCGCCAAAGCAAAGAAGAUGAGGAGUGGAUCCAUGAGGAAUCCAAUCGUGUCCAAUCGGAGAAACAAUGGAAACGGGUCCUCAUGAUCUGGCGCACGUCCCUCCUCAUGGUGGUGGCGACUUGCACGGGCCCCUCUUGCAUUCACCUCACCAAGGCGGACUUGGACGACUUUUACAACUUCCUCUUCGGGGAUACCAUCAUGGGCCGUGAGCCUGCCCCCUCAUUGGGGGUUUUAAUGACAGCAGAAAGAAAGGACUGGCGCCAGGUGGCCCUCAACAUGGCCAAGGAUGAGACCUUGACCAUCACUGCCGCCCUCAAAGAAAUCCAGAAUAACUCGCGAUUCUGGUCUAUGGAAAUCGAUGAGUUCUGCUUUCGUCGCCACCAUACUGGCCAGCCCAAAGGCCCUAGAAAAGGCAAGGGCAAGGGCAAAGACAAGGACAAGGGCAAAGUUUGGCAGCAGUGGGACUAUUGGAAAGGUGAAGGCAAGAAGCCUGGCAAAGGCAAGGGAAAGUCUAAGAAGGAAGACUGGCGUUGGGCCACUCGCUCGGAGGAGGCGGCGGAACACCCCCCUCCACCACCGGCGACAUUCGCUCGCACCAAGGCAUCUCACCAAGAAUGGGCCCCCAAAGGAUCAGAUGGCAAAGAGUUCUGCAAGAAGUACCAUGCCUUCAACCGGUGCCCGGGAGACUGUGGUCGCUCCCACAACUGCCCUGUGAUCCUCCCAGACGGUAAGAUCUGCGAGAAGAACCACAGGGCGAUGGUGACCGAUGGAAUCGAGACCGUUGGUGCCAGGCUCUACCUACGCUUCCGGGCUUUAGAGGAUGAUGCCAGGAGCACCAAGGCAGCGAUAGCACAGGUUGAAACCUUUUCAGACCUUUGUGCCCUGGCGCUCUCUGGCGACCUCAUGGCAAUCAUUGGAGGGGGCAGGAAAGGUCAAGCAGCCUGGGGCCUCGAAGACCUUCCGGAGUCGGUGCUCAGGGAUACGGAUAAUGAUCCCGCCAACCAAGGUACCUCGGAAGCUCAGCAGAAUUGUUCUUCGUGGUGGGCCACGGCCCAGUGUAAAGACUUCGCGGGCCUGACGCGGAUGAAGAUACACUGCUUUGACCAGUGUAUGCUGGGGCACGGAGCCAGGAAACCCACGGCGGUUCUCAGCAAUCUGGCCCUGGACUGGGAUGGCCUCAGGUGCAGGCAUCCGGACCACCCCGUCUGGUGGUCCAGUUCUGACUUGGCCCGUUGGGGGUGGCAAUUCAAUCUUGAAUUGGCCACGGCCCUGCUAGAUUUCUUCUCAACAUCCGGGGACACGGAUGGUGACCGUUCCAUUGCUUCGGCAUUGGCUCCUGUGGCAGCUAGUACCCUAAUUGUCCGGCUGGGACACCGUUCUCGCCCCUUCAGGGAUGGUGGUGGAAAGCCAUCCCCUGGGAGACUCAAGCCUGAAGACAGGGACAAAUGCAAGUUGGCCUGGAUUGGCCAUUGGAUCGAGGAGACACUCACCUCGGGGACGGUUGCCGCAGGUGCCGAUUCCCCUGAAGUAUCUCCGAUGACGUCCUUUCGGGAAUCGCUCAGGACCCAGGCGCGGGGCUGCCCCUGGCCAGACCAGUGGGUCGCAGACCUCCGCCAACAACUGGCAUCACUCCUCUCUUCCCGACUCCACCGACCUGUUUCAGCUGAGGUUUCGCCUGGGCAGCCGUUUGCGUUGGACAUUCUCCAAGCUUUGGUGGAGCUGGCGGAGGACCCGGACCGGGACUUCCUCCAACACCUUCAUGAAGGAGUGCCUCUCGGGGUGGACGGCCCAACGCUUCCGGACCCGAACAUAUGGCCGUCCAAGCAGGAACUGGGGAAUGCACCUAGGCCCAGUGCGGAGGUCUUCGAGGACACCAUCGAGAAAACUUUCCUGGAAGAGAAACUCCUCGACAUGGUGGCUGGGCCCAUGUCGGAACAGGAGGCAGCGGACCUUUGUGCCUGUUCGGUCGCAGAACUGUGUGUCGGGGCCAUGGCGGGCAUGUGGGAACUAGACAAGGUCAGGACCAUCUUUGACGCCUCUGUCAUCGGCGUCAACGACAACAUCAGGGCGAACACUGACAAGAAGACCACGGCCCACCGGAGGAUCAAAGUUCUCAAGAAGCACUGGAAGUACAUGGUGGCUAAGAUCAAGAAGAAGUUCUGGGUCAACAAGGUCUUCCUGUGGCUUCUGGUCUUUGUUGAUGAUUUCAUGGCGGUUAUGAAGGAGAGCCUUGGAGAACUGGGGGCGGCCACCCUCAUGCUCUUCCUUACGUUGCUGGGCUGUCCUAUCUCUUGGCACAAGAAUGCCCUUGGGAAGGUCAACCGUUGGCUGGGGUACAUGGUGAACAUCUCAGAGGGCUCUGUGUGGCUCCCGGAAGAAAAGAUGACCAUCCUCCGACCGGCCUUGGCGAAGUUGGCAGCAGGGGAACUUCAUACCAGAAAGGAAGUCACCUCCUUACUGGGCAAGUUGCAGUGGGUAGCGAAAGCCUACCCUCAGGUGAGCUCCCACCUCCAGCCACUUUAUGCUUGGGAGCAGAAACUUGAACGGAAAUGCAGACCGGGAGACCUUGUACGUUUCCUGGCAACUCUGCUCAUCUCCAUCUUGGAUGCUGGCCCCUGCGUUCCUCUACGUCUGCAGCAUAACACUCCAUGCUACGGGAGCAGUGAUGCCGGUGAGGAUGAUGGCCGGGUGGCGAUUGGCGGCUGGUUCUCGCCUUCUCUUAACCCUACCAAGGCGGAGGUCCUGUGGUUCUCCAUGGACGUCCUUACCACUCCAUGGGUUCAGCCCCUCUUGGCGCACACUUCUCCGAAGCGCCGGAUUGGGGCCCUGGAACUCCUGGGUACCUUCAUUCUUUUCCUUUUAGCUGCGGAGUCCCUGGGACCCAGCAUGGUCGAUGCUCACCUCCCUCUUACUACAGACAAUGAGGGUAACGCCUUUUCUGCCAGCAAGAGAUCUUCGAAGAAAUGGCCUUGCUCGGCGCUUUUAAUGGAGCUCUCCGCACAGGAGUUCCACAAGGGUGUCUUUGCUCAGGUCACCCAUGUCAAGAGGAGCUCAAACACGUGGGCAGAUCAGCUCACUCACUUUGAUUUCGAAGGAUUCUCCCCCGGAAAUAGGAGGGAAGUUUCCCUUUCCUGGUCUCCAAGCUGGAUGAUCCUGGACAAGCUCCUUGCUUUCAAAUCGGAGCAAUAG